UUCUCCCGAAAGGCACGUGAUGUCGGAAGGAUUUCCAUCUCUCAGUAGUGGUUUCAAGUUAAGUUUUAGUUGAGUAAAUGUCACAUGCUUUUCCGUUUGGCGAUAAACGUGAGGUAGAAUUACCAGAAUUUCCACAAGCAAAGAUGCUUAAACCGAAAGUUCUCACUGAAAUACUUGGGCAGGCCAUUAGUGGAGGAGUGAUGAGUUCGUUGCUUAUCAACCAAGAGGGGUCAUUGUUAUCAUAUGCUGGAUCAGGAGACAGAGACGCCAAAGUCACAGCAGCUAUUGCUUCUAGUAUAUGGGCAGCUUACGAAAAGAAUGGCAAAAUGGCUUUCCACAAUGAUGAACUUAAAGUGAUCUUCAUGGACUGUGAGGAUGGAAAAGUUGCCAUCACGAGAGUUGCAAACCUAAUCCUAUGUCUAUAUGCACAACAAUCUGUAGGACUUGGAAUGCUCAAGGCCAAGGCAGAGGCUCUAGCAUCAUACCUUGAACAACCACUGAAACAAGUUGCAACAUCAUGACAUGUUGUGAGAGUUAAUUAAUUUAAUAUUAAUAGUAUUACACAAUUUAUAAUUAUGGUUGCUAAAUAGUAAAUAUUUCCAACAACUUACAAGUGAUCUAUUGGAAAGGAUGACUGUAGUCUGUAACAGACAAUCUCAUGUUUUCAGCAAAAUAUAUAGCAAACCAGAGUUUCCUAUUAAUACUCUCAACUGAUGACUUGGCACAACACAGCUUUAAAAUGUGCAUAUUAAUUUUUCCAGAAAAUAUCCAUACUCCCCCAUGGAAGGGAUUGGAAUUUUUUGGAGUAGGCAGGGUUUUGUAAGACCAAAAAAUUUGAAGAAAUGUGUGAAGCUUAAUUGAAAUUCCCCGUGGGGUUGGGUCGAGGGUGGGGGUCUGAGAAAAAAAUUCCCUUCUGUGGGGGAGGUAUGGAUAUUUUCUGGAACUACAGUGUUCCUUACUACGAUAAUUUACUUUACUUAUCAAUCAGCUUAACGCUUAGAUGAAAAAAAGAGUUAACGUUUGCAGAGUUUUCUUUGGCCAAUAAAUAUAAUACUGUACAAGUUUGAAGGAAUGUAAGAACAUGAAUUGUCUUGAUGAGCUACUAGUUUUUAUGAAGUGCAGAAACUAUCAAAAAAAAAAAACUUAAAUAAAGUUGCAAAUAACCUAUCUGAGGAAAUUAUUGGUAAAAGUGUGUUAGAUUUAAUACUGAUGUUUAAGAAUUAUGCCAAGAAAUGUCAGGGACAAAAAAUAUUCUGUCAUCCAUGUUUAUAUUGUUGUUUCACUUUUUGGACUUGACAUCUCAUCCUUCUUUAACUGAUUUAAAGCAUACAAGAGGAAUAUACAAGAUCUGUAAAAUAUAGGUCAGUUCUUUAACAUGCAGGCUUUUUUAAUAAAACAUUUUCACACUGUG